AUGUCUUCAAUUACCAUUAUUCCAACAACAACAAUAUCAUCAUCAAAUUAUCAUCCAAUUAUUAAUAUUCCACCUAUGCACCCAUCAUAUUUAUUACCAAAUUUUCCACACCAACAAAAUCCACCAUCAUAUCAUCAUCUCGUCCAACAGAUUCCAAAAAAAACAUCAUUAUAUGGAGCUGGUCAACGUAAAUAUAAUAAUUUCAAUAAAUUUCAAACAGGUACAACAACAACAUUUAGUGGAUAUACAAACAUGACUGGCAAUCGACAAAUUAAUUUACCACCAAUACUAGCACCUCAUUGUCAUUUACCACCAUCAUCAUCAUCAUAUCAUCAUCAACAACAAAAUAAUAAUUACAUUCAAAAUUUGCCAUCAUUACUUGAUACUAAUCCAUUUCAUUUUCCAUCUCACCAUAAUACACGUAAAUAUCAUCAUGCACAACAAUAUAAUCCUAAUAAUUAUCAAUAUCAUCAUUCUCGAGCAUUAUCACGAUCUCGAUUUCAUAUUUUAUCACAAUUACCAUCAAAAUCACGUUCAUGUUCACGCUCACAACGUUAUCAACCACCACCACCACCACCUAUUAAACCACAUCGCAAUCAUCAACAUUAUCAUAAUAAUAAUAAUUUUCAUCGUUCACCAUCACCAUCAUACAAUAAUAAUUAUAAAAAUUGCAAUAAUAAUCAUUCAUUUAAAGGUCUUAUAUUAUCGGAUUCAAUGUGUUCUCGUGUGAGAACUUAUGCUAUUAGAAAAUUAAAUGUCGUCGAUGUUGAAUUGUCAUAUGAAUCAGGUUGUGAUAUUAUUAAAAUGAUAAAUUGGUUACAAACACCUGAUGCUCAACGUACGGUAGGAAAUAUAGAUUUUUUGUUAAUAUCAUUGGGUACUAACGAUGUGGGACGAUACGGAGUCGAUGUAUCUCUGCAGCGUUGUAGUGAUCUCAUACGUUUCAUACGUCGGUCAUACCCAGGUAUCCAGACCAUUGGUUGGUUGGCGUUGUCUCCAAGAUGGAAGCCUACGAGAUUCGUUUCUGCAGCUGAAAUCGGAGGUCUUCACCGCCAAUUCAAUGAGCGUCUUCAGGUCUUAUCCAAGCAAUUGGAUUUUGACGUUGUUGACGCGCGCUUAGGGCCUGCGGAUAUGCGUGUGGAAGAUGGGCUACAUCUAUCGACUACCACUGGCAGAUGGAAAUAUGAAGGAGCUCUUCGUGAAUGGUUCUCUUCACGUGCCGUCGCACAUUCUUGUUCUUCUUUUUUUUUCAGCGUCAUUAUAUACCAUCAACAUUACAUAAUUAUAAUGAUAGAUUCAUGCAACAUCAUUAUCAACGUUACAAUAACAGGCAAGUAGCGAGUAGUAAAGAUCAAGCAUUUAGUAAAGAGGGAGAUGAUAUAUUAUUGAUAGAUACAGAAGAAAUACCAAUAGCCAGACCAUCUAGAAAAAACUAUACAAAUAUUUUAAAUUUAACGUUAAGUGAAAACGAAAGUGAGAGUAAUCCGAAUAGUAGUAUUAGUAAUAGUGAUACAGAUGAGAAAGCUAAGAAGAAACGUAAAUUUCAUGAUAUAAGUCUAUCGCCAUCAACGACUGAUAGAAAUAGCAAAACAGAAAUAAGUAUAAGAAAAAAAAGUAAGAAGACAAAGACAGUACGAAUAGACAAAGAUCCACGAGCUUCCGUAGAUAGUACAGUUUUGUUAGGUAACGAUAACUCAAUCAUGCUUCCGAGAACUCCACCUGGGCUACCAAAACCUCCAGUUAUUAGCCCUCGACAUAGCACACCAGUGAAGCAACCGCCGAUAAUUUUUCAUAAAGGUUUUCGUCAAAGUGAAAGUUUCAAUCGUCCUGACUUUCUUUUGUGGUUGAAAUCUAACCAACAUUUGCGCACGAUUAAAGGUGGUGCAUCAAAGAUAUGUGAGUUGUUAGAUAAGGUGCGCAUUGAGAAUCCUGCGUUGGAUGAGAUUUUUCUUGCGCUCGCUGAGAAUAACGAGAAAGUGAACCCGCAUUCGUUUGAUAUCGCACAACUAGUACUUCCUAACGACUCCCUUAUUGUCCCUCCUAAAUGGACCCAUCGUACUGAUUUGGGAGCAACAUACGUUUGGAGUUUUGACAUUCCAAUCGACGACCUGAAAAGUUAUUGUGACGAAAAUGAGGAAAAGGGUGUGGGUGUGGGUGUGAGUGUGGGUGUGGGUGUGGGUGUGAGUGUGGGUGUGGGUGUGAGUGUGGGUGUGGGUGUGGGUGUGGGUGUGGGUGUGGGUGUGGGUGUGAGUGUGGGUGUGGGUGUGCGAGGGGGAUGUGGUUGUUCAUAUUCAGUAUAUUCACACCCACACUCACACCCACACCCACAUCAAAAAUUUCGCUAAAA